AUGACGUGUCUCCUUGCCUUACUGCUCUUCUGUGCCGGUUGUUGCGCACUCGGCCAAGUGGACUACUUUCAACAAGACUAUGAAGAUGCCAAUUUGGAGGAAUUUGAUUUGGACAUUGCACCUCACAGAAUUCCGCGACAGGUGAAAAAUGCCCUCAUUAAGGAAACCAGGCCUCGCAUCCAGGAGCUGUCCGUCAAUAGCACCAUCAUCUCCCGUUACGCUUUCACCACGGUGCGCUGCGUCAUGUUCAACCGGCACGCCGCCGCCGGCGAAGGCGUCUUCCGCUUCCCCGUGCCGGCCGGGGCCUUGGUCUCUAACUUCACCAUGAUCAUCGCAGGGCGCGUCUACCAGAGCCGGGUCAGACCCAAGGAGCGGCGGAAGGUCAAGCGGCCAGACGGCAAAGCCCGGGACAAAGAGUCAGGUGACUCAAGGUCCAAAUCGGAGGCGGGCGUCUUCCAAAUGGCGGCCAGCAUUCCGGGCGGGAAGAGGGCCGUCUUUCUGCUCACGUACGAGGAGCUGUUGCGGCGCCGACUUGGCCGCUACGAGCACGUGAUCGGCUUGCGUCCGCUGCAGCUGGUCAGCCGCCUCCGGGUGGACGUCACCGUCGCGGAUCGCUCCGCCAUCGACGCUUUGGAGGUGCUCCCGCUCCGGCGGGACGUCGGCGCGACCCGUACGCCGGCCGAGACUCGGCCUCCCGUCGCCGCCGCCGUAAAAAGGGAUGAGAACGUGUGCAAGAUCACCUUCGCCCCAAACAUCGUCCAGCAAGCCAAGAUCUCCACCAACGGCAUCCUGGGAGAUUUCGUCAUCCAUUACGACGUCCAGAGGGACUUGGGCGUCGGAGACGUGCGGGUUCGAAACGGCCAUUUUGUCCACUACUUUGCGCCCAAAGACCUCCCGGCGAUGCCCAAGAACGUCGUGUUUGUGAUCGACACCAGCGCCUCCAUGCUGGGCACCAAGAUGAGACAGACAAAAGAGGCCUUAUUUGCCAUCCUGAGGGAGCUGCGAACCGUCGAUCGCUUCAACUUUGUCACUUUCUCCAACAAGAUCAAAGUGUGGCGACCCGACGGACUGGUGCCGGUCACGCCGCUCAACAUUCGAGACGCCAAAAAGUUUAUCUACACCUUGACGCCCACGGGAGGCGCAGACAUCGACGGCGCCCUCCGGAGCGGCUCGGCGCUGCUCCGCGACCGCCUCUCGGGUCCCCCCGGCGUCUCGCUCGUCCUCUUCCUGACGGACGGACGGCCCACGGUAGGGGAGUCUCGCUCGGCGGCCGUCUUGGAAAACGCCCGCUCGGCCGCGCCGGACAAAGUCUGCGUCUUCGCCGUCGGCAUCGGCGACGACGCGGACUACAAGCUUUUGGAGCGCUUGUCUCUGGAGAACUGCGGCGCGAUGAGGCGGAUUCGCGAGGAGGCCGACGCCGGCGCCGCGCUCAGAGGCUUCUACCGGGAGAUCGGCACCCCGCUGCUGUCGGACAUCAGGAUCGACUACAUGCGGGACUCCGUGGACCGCGUGACGCGGCGCCUCUUCACCAACUACUUCAACGGCUCCGAGAUGGUCGUCGCGGGAGAACUGAGCGAUCGUAGCGCCGAGUCUCUCCGCGUUCGGGUCACGGCCGACGGCCACGACAAGACGGUCGUCCUGGAGACCGACGUCCCUCUUCGACGCGAGGAAUCGGAGACCGAGAAGCGGCUGAAGGCGAAUCGCGCGGCGGGGGACUUUGUGGAGCGCGCGUGGGCAUUCUUGACGGUCAAAGAGGAGCUCCGUUCUCGACUGCGGAGUCGAAGCAGCGGGGAAAGGGAAGAGCACGUCCGGCGGGCGACCGACCUCGCCUUGGCGUACCAUUUUCUAACCCCCCUCACCGACAUGCUGUUGGACAACCCCGAGGUGUCGGGGGCGCUCGCUAACGAGGUGCCGGAUGACGAAGGAGAAGGACUUUUGCGCGGAGAAGCGGAACGCGAGCCGGACAGAACUCUUAGCAACAUCAGAGGCCAAGUGGAAGGGAAGAAGUCCAUCACUAUCUCCAAAACAUCAGCUGACGGCGACCCUCACUUUGUGGUGGACUUCCCUCUCAGCAAGACUGCCGUCUGCUUCGACAUCAACGGCGAGCCCGGUCACGUCCUCCGCCUGGUUUCCGAUCACAAAUUUUCCGGCGUGACGGUGAACGGCAAGCUCGUCGGAGGGCCGCCUCCGCCGGGCGGCCGCAAGCGUCUGCGCACGUACUUCGGCAGCAUCGCGGUGGUGGCGGACCGCCCCCGUCGCGCCUACGUCGAGGUGACGCCCGCCAAGGUCAUCCUGGACGGGUCGGACCGCCUGGUGUUGCCGUGCCACUCCACCGCCUCGGUGACGAGCGGCGCGCUGUCGGUUUCCGUCGCUGGCGGCUCCAACGUGACGGUGAGCGUCGGCGGCGACGUCCGCUUUGUCGUCCUGCUGCACCGCUACAAGAACCCCGCGCCCCACCAGAGAGACCACCUGGGAUUCUACGUUCAAGACGGCGAGGGGCUCUCGCCCGACUGCCACGGCUUGCUGGGCCAGUUCCUGCACGAGGAGGUCAGCGUGGCAGAAGGGGAUCCCGAGGAAAAUCCCCCGUCGGCGCUCCUGAAGGUGAGGGGCCGCUCGGUGCCGGCGGUCCGCAAGACCCGGCGCAUCUACGGCGGCUCCCGGAGCGUGGACUGCUGGUUCGCCGGGAGCAACGGCGCCAAGCUGGUGGAAGGACGCUACGAGGACUACGUGGCCCCGCACAUGUUCGACACGGGCGAGGGUCCGCACGGGAGCAACGCGGUCUGA